GUUGUCUGUCUGAUACUAGGCGAUGCGACCUAUCCGUGCGCGCCCUCACAUAUACAAGAUACCGAGGUGAUCAUAUUUCACUACAUUUCUCUGACCAAACACGCAAGCUGCCGUGAAGAAUCUUACUGAGACCGGUGUCACGCUGAUCGGACCACAUAGACACUACAGCAAAGCGACAUCGUUUCGCUUUUACUUUGUCCUCGAUGAUGGCAGCUCAGGAUUUCAAUUUUUUACUCGCCACGGACUCUUAUAAGAUUACCCACUACAAGCAAUACCCUCCUAAUAUAAAUAAAGUGUACUCCUAUUUCGAAUGCCGGCAUAAAAAGGGGGCGCAGUUCAGCGAGGUGGUGUUUUUUGGCCUGCAGUAUCUCCUGAAGAAAUACCUAACAGGUCCAGUCAUCACGGAGGAAAAAAUUCAGGAGGCAAAAGUGUUUUAUCAGAUGCACUUUAAACAGGCGGUGUUUGAUGAAGAGGGAUGGAGGAAAGUUUUAGAGAAAUAUGACGGCCGUCUUCCAAUCCGUAUCAAAGCAGUUCCAGAGGGGAAGAUCAUUCCCAGAGGGAACGUUCUUUUCACAGUGGAGAACACGGAUCCAGAUUUCUUCUGGCUCACUAAUUACAUCGAGACGAUGCUGGUCCAAAUGUGGUACCCCAUCACCGUGGCAACAAUCUCCAGGGAGUUCAAAAAGAUUCUGGCCAAGCACCUGAAGGCCACGUCAGGGAACCUGGAGAGUCUGGACCUUAAACUGCACGAUUUCGGCUACAGAGGAGUGUCUUCACAGGAGUCAGCAGCACUUGGCGGAGCUGCUCAUCUGGUGAAUUUCUGCAGCACAGACACAGUGGCAGGUUUGCUGAUGGCACAGCGAUACUAUGGGUGUCCAAUGGCCGGAUUCUCCAUCCCUGCUGCAGAGCACAGUACCAUCAUCUCGUGGGGACGGAGUAGGGAGAAAGAUGCAUUCGAGUGUCUUCUGGACCAGUUUCCCUCUGGACCUGUAGCAGUGGUUAGCGACAGUUACGAUAUUUUCAAGGCUUGUAAGCACAUCUGGGGGGACAAGCUAAAAGAGAGAGUGAUGGAGAGGAGUGAAGAUUCCGCCCUUAUUAUCCGCCCAGACUCCGGAGAUCCAGCUGAAACUCUCUUAGAGGUGAUAAAGAUUUUGGAGGAGUGUUUCGGAUGUUCUCUGAACUCAGUUGGUUAUAAAGUGCUUCCGUCAUACCUACGCAUUAUCCAGGGGGAUGGAAUUGAUUUGAACUCGAUUAAUGAGAUUCUGCAGAAACUGAGUGAUGAGGGUUGGAGUGCUGAGAAUGUGUUUUUCGGUUGUGGAAGCGCACUCCUGCAGAAAAUCAACAGAGACACACUUAACUGCGCAUUUAAGUGCAGCUACGUGGAGACCAGUGGCAAAGGCAUGGAUGUCUAUAAGCAGCCAGUGACGGACCCAUCUAAAGGAUCUAAGCGUGGUCGUCUCUCUUUGAGAAGAAACUCUGACGGCUUCAUUGAAACGGUGGAAAGAGGAGCUGGCAAACCAGAGGAGGACAUGCUGGUGACUGUGUUUGAAAACGGGACCAUCCUGCAGGAGUACACUCUAGAUGAGAUCCGGAAAGCUGCUCAGCUUAGGGAAGAAGAUUUGAGCUCUUCCCAGCACAACAGAGAGGACGGCACAACUCUGGACAUCCACCAAAAGCACAUAAUGAACGGCGUGCACUAAUAUAUACAGUAUGCACAGACACGGUUCUCUAUGAACACUGCCCUCUACAGACCAACCACUCACACACGCUCUACAACACUCAGAUGCCCAUCUGCAUUCACGUAUGGCAGUACUUCCAGUACACAUUUACAUAUCACUUCUGACUUGCGAGGCAGCCCAUACAUUUUGCAUCGGUUGCCAUAUAUACAUAUUUUUUAUUAGUUCACUUUCUCUACUUUAAGAUGCCAAAUUUACUCGUCGGUGCUUCAGCAGGAGUAUAUUGACCACAGGGUUUGCAUUUUGCAUUUUCAGUCAGUUGCAAUAUUAUUAAAGGAAUAGUUCACCCAAAAAUACAUCAUAUAUAAGUGUGUACUAUGUAUGUUUAUGUACAUAAGAAUAUACACAUGUACAGAAUCUAGAGAAAUGUACAAAACAAAAUAAUUACUUGCAUUUAUUAAUAAAUUUAUAUUAUAUAUAAAUGCUAUGUAAGUAUUUUUUCAAGUAUACUCUUAAUUGAUGUGUAUAUUUGUACAUACAUAUAUACAUAAUAAACAAUUACAUUACCCACAAGAAUAUUAUGUAAACACCAACUUUUCAAUAAUUCUGACUGAACAAUGACUCUCAAGCCUUCCAAAAAUUAUUCGUUCCUUUCUUCAGUAGAACAAUAAAGACUAUUUAGAGCUAAAAUGGUGGUUCUUUGUUAUUUAUAUAAUGCAAGUCAGCAGAUACCAGCACUUUAAGAGUCACAAAAGCACACAUAGGCAAAACUAAACAAAUCCCUGAUUAUAUAUUGAGGUUGAAGUACAAUUAUUAAGCGUUAUUUACAGUUUCUUAAUACACUGUUGGUCCUAUAAGCGAGUCAAUUCAUAAAACCUCAAUAUUUCAUCAGGAACCAUUGGAGUUUACUAUGUUUUGCCUGUAUGUUUUGUUUGUUUGUUUGUCUCUCAAAGUGCUGGUAACCAUUGGCUUGCAUUUUACAUUUCAUAAAUCAUCAAGAACCAUGGUUCCAUCUAAGAAAAAACGUGUUCUACUAAAGGAAAAAAAAUCACCUCAGAUGACCUUAAGGUAAGUAAAUUAAUGGUCCAUUUUAAAUGUAUGGUGAACUAUCCCUUUAAAGCAAUGUCUGGCGGUAUGUUGAUAAAAACGAUGUAAUAAUCUUGUCUGGGUUUCUGUACCAGCGGUUUUCCCAGUCUAGGUUUCUGAUGUGGAGUACAUACCAUGAAAAUGCAAAAAUUUGAUUAAGAAAUCAGUAUGCGUUUCACUUUUUGGAUAUUUUUAGGGUUUACCGUUAAAUAGUUUUUAAAUGUACCCAUAAUGCUAGAUAGCAGGUACACAUUUUUAUGCUAUUCAAUUCUCUUGUUGUUUUUUUUAAUGUAUAGAUGUAGACUUGGAGAUGAUUAGCUACAUGCUUUGCGUCUUUUGUUAAUUAAAUCUGUUUCCUGCACUGUAAAAAGUGAUUAGUUGAUUUAAAAUGUACCUAAAGUACUAAACCUGUUGCCUUCAUUUUGAGAAUUAUGCACAUGUCCAUUUACCUAACCAUUUUAAGUUGAUUCAACUUAACAGUUCCAGGUUACUAAAGUAAUGAAUCGCUUUUUACAGUGUGACCUUUCAAAGUAAUAUUUUUGUUGUACAUAUACCUUCUGGAGAUUUACCUAUGACAAGGAAUAGAUUCAAAUGGUCUAAAGUACUCUGAUAAUAGAGUAAAUGCUGCAUAGACUGCUUUUCUUAAUAACCGUUAGUGUGUUAUUUGGGUUAAGUCCUCCAUCUGAGAUUCACAGAAUACAUUAGACAAGGUUCUGUCUUCAUACAGCUGCUGAUGGUGCCUUAAAAACCACUCAGACCUCAGUGCCGGUUACUUUUGCUUACUUUUCCUUUUGGUCCCCUGUCAUUUUUAACACUUAGUCUUGUCCAUUACACUCAUCCUUCCCUAUGCUGUCAUUCACAUACAGUUUGAGUGACUCACAUAUUAAUGAUUUUUUUGCCUCUACUGCCUUAUGUCUUCAAGUAUCCGUCAUAUGUGCUAAAUGAGACAUGCAGUGGGUUUAAUUCCAGAGUACAUUGAUUAUUGUCAUCUUAGUGUUCAAUCAUGGAAAUGACUCACUUUUUGGGGUUGUUCCAGACAUCUGAAAUGAAACAGUUACCUCUUUUUCUUUUUUUUUUUUUCUUUUUUUUUUUUACCAAGAUUGUAUAAUAAUUUGAUGUGAUGACCAUUACACUUAAAUAGCAUAUAUUCUAUUGUGUAAAUACUCUUUAGGUGUAGUUUGAAUGAUAGAUUUUAUUUUGAAAUUUUAGAGUUCCUUUUCUUUUUUAUUUUACAAAAGUGAUAUUUUGAAUGAUGAAAAGACAUUAUAAUAAAUGCAGAUUGAACGUCA